CUCCAAAUACGCGUAUACAUGCCAUGUAUUCCCUGUCUAUACCCUCGGGCAUCCAAACCUGUACAGAUUUGUCCCCCAUUUGGCCAAAUUCUUCUCUUGUUGUGGCAUUGCUCUGAGAGAGGUGAUAGACUGUCACUGCUAGGUAUAAACUCUCCCGAACGUUAGUGUACAAGGAAAUUUGUUAUCCGUUAUUAUACUUUUCCUUCUAUGCAGAGAUGCAUAUACUCACAGCAUCAAACGUUGUUCUUGUUACUUUUGCCUAACGCUCCCCAUACACGGAUGUGUGGGCAUCUUUGGCUGUCGCCUAACGCUCCCCAUACACGGAUGUGUGGGCAUCUGUGGCUGGCGCCUAACGCUCCCCAUACACGGGGCUGUCGGCUCUACGUCUCCAUCCGAAAGGACCCUGACCCCGUGCCAUCACAUUGUGCCCUACAGUUAUCUUCCCCGUCAAAAUGGUUAUAUUGUUUUUGGUGUGUCUGUGUGUCUGAUAUUUGGCAUGCGGGUAGGUGUUUCUUCUAACUCAAUUCAAUCUUCAUCUCCAUCUCUAAAUACUGCCUCAUGCGAGGGAGUAAGGUACAGAGGUAUUUCAUCGACGUCAAUCGGAUGUUCCUCCGUUUCUGUGAGAUCUCUGGGCGUCGAGAAGCGUGAAUCACACCUGUCCCCUCCUGGGAUGUCGUGUCUAAAGAACCUGCUACAGACCAUCCCAUCCACGGACACAUGUGUGACCGGAACUACCAAAGAGAGCAAGGACAAGAGAACAAUGCAGGCUCCAUUGACGACUCCUGUGAACGCGAUGAAGACGAAGUUGAAACUGAACCCACCAGUUCCUCUGCUAUACUGCGUUUGAACUUUGCUGGGAGAUUUCUUGCUGACGUCUCAACUUACAACAACGACUGGUCAAAUUUCGACAUCCACAAGUUUGACCCCAUGCACAAUCCUCACUUCAACCCCAAAGGAAGUAAUGAUUUCCGGUUGGUCGACUGUAAAGUGACGAAAGUCUGCCUCAAGGACGGACACUGUGUCGAAAACGACCCUAUUGUCGGUCAACCGAUCAUAGGUUCAGACAGCACAACCGCAGGCAAGCUCGUCGAUCUGGAUACAGACAAUCAAGUACAAUCUGAGAUAUGGGGCCUCGUAAUAGGCGUGGAUGGGUUCUUCAAAGGGGACCUCAAACCCCGGUCAUUCAACCACAUGCACAACGCCUGUGAAGGAUCGGACUGCGGGACAGUGUAUAUUAGUACCAGGUUUUCUGCAGUCUUUUUGUCGACCUUACAGAAUGUGGAGUGGACCAACGGGCUUCUAUCAAGAAGGUCCACGUUCAUACAGCAGGUAAAGUCCCUUCGUUGUGAACGUGGAUUUCAGUUGCACGCCAAACUCAACGUCCGCAACAUGAUAGUGGACCCAAAGUCUCCCGACUUUCCGUAUGGCCGUGUGGUUGGGACCAUUUCUGCAGUUGUGUCAGAGAAUCCUCUGCCUUAUGGUCCAUACAAAAGAAUGCUGUGGGCUAAUGAAGGUAUUGAAGGGCGUGGUCACGUGCCAUUCUAUGUUGACAGCCUCACGAAGAAUGUAGUAUUGGACUUUGCCAACAGCAUGAAGUUCGACAUUAAAGGUAACGUAGUCGAAUCAUCAGGUGGACCUCUGUACCUUAUUCAGUACAAAGGAACGACGCGAGGACGCGAACUUCUGGACAACGAGAAAUACAACCUGGGAAAAAUCACACUCGGUGGAGACGACUGGUUUCAGAGGACUGCAGGCAUCACUUACCUUUCAGUGACAGACACGGUAAUUGAAACAAUUAAGAACACCCCAUUAGCGGUCGUACAAGGAAUGUCCCCAACGCACUGCGAGCCAGUGUUGAAGGAAAGACAAGAUGGCUUGUUCGUCGAGGCUGUCGACAACCAUGUUAUGCGAAAAGAGCCCAACAGUGACUGGACAAUGAGGUUUCGCACUUUCCAGUAUGGCAGGUCUGCUGAUCAGAUAUCCAUCGUGUUCUUUCCUCUAUUCGACUCGAGUCCAGCAAUAGUUAUCAGCAGCACUGAACCAUCCGGCAACGACGGUAUUUCCACGAUUACAUUCCGGUCCAGUAAUCCUGGUGAACCUAGGGGGGGAAAGCAGCUUGAUGGCCAGGUAUACUUCUAUGAUAUAAUGGCCAAGAAAGGUGAUGAUGGGACAGAAUUCAAGGUUCAGGACUUAACGGUAUCAAUCCACCUGUAUUCAGAGUUCACCUUCACUCCUGGUGAGGUAACCUGGUACGAACAUGUCUACCCGAUAUUCCAACAGUACGCCAACCUCUAUCCCGUCAUGAAGCCAAUGAUCAACCUUGCAAGCUACGAGGAUGUUACUGGAAAAUUGAAAUUACUCAGACAUGCUCUUAAUGAUCUCCCAGUAGCUCACUCCAACUACAUGCCUGUGACCAGGGACCUGUCCCCGCAAAAACGAAAGAUGAUUUUAUCAUGGUUAGACAACCCACUGUUGGGUACGAUCACGGACACCUUAGAUGAUCUAAAACGGACCCUCCAGAUUGCUCUCCAACUAGAGCUGUCUACUAUUCCUCCCUACCUGAGUGCGCUGUUCUCGAUAAAAGAUGGCUACAACAGAGAGGUGGCCGCCCUGAUCAAAAGUGUUGUUGUCGAUGAGAUGAAACAUAUGGCUCUGGUCUCCAACCUCCUGAACGCGAUUGGGGGUGCGCCAAAAUUGAACCAUCGGUCUAUAGUACCGUCCUAUCCAGCAGCACUUCCAGGGGGAGCCAACCCUGGUCUUGUGGUAAAGCUCGCGAGAUGCUCUUUGAACCACAUUCGAACCGUUUUCCAGGGGAUAGAGAGGCCAGACUGUACAAUAACGGAUUCUGAAGUGGUUCAGUAUCUUCGCACUCAAAGAAAACGUAUAAUAAGAUACAGUGAUGACAACCCUAACGACAUUGCUAGGGAAAUCUGCAAGUUGUGUGAAAAGACAACGACGAGGCCUCAGACCAUCGGCGCCAUCUACAUCUAUCAGAUCCUCUACCCCAUGGCCAAACUGGAGAGGAAUGCAGGAGAGAAUGGAGUUACGAUAUUUACAGGAGAAAGUAAGAAGCAAAUAACGAGUGCCCAAUGGCUUGGCAGUAAUGACAGUUCCCCAUAUGCAGUGACUGACCUUAGGAGCGCAUUAGAUGCGAUAAUAGACAUCGCUACCGAGGGCGAAGGGAGCGACCCUUGCGCCCCGUUUGAUAAAAGGAAUGAGAUUUCACAUUACUUCAAGUUUGCUGAGGUGGUGCAUGGACGGAGGCUGAGAGAAACAGACCCAGACGACACAUCAAUGGGACAGUGUUUUGACAACUUCUUCCCAUGCGAUGAAGACAUACCUUGUAAGAAGACAUUCAGCUUCGUUGGACGACUCGUGCCUUUCUUUGAAGAUGGUGUCUGGCCGUCAAUAUCUAACCCUCAAACCGAGAGUUAUCCUCCAGAAUCGCAGGCUCGCAAAUAUUCUGACAACUUCAACAAGAUCUACACAGGCCUGCUGAAGUGCAUCCAUGAAGCUUUCAAUGGAAACCCAGACAAGAUGAAGACGGACUGUAUGGGCAUGAUGUCGUCACUUACAGGUUGGGGCAAAAGGCUUGUGCAGACGCCAAUAGACCCAAAUGGAAAUCCUGAGAUUGGGCCAAACGCCGCACCAACAUUCGAGUUUCAGGACAAGUGAUU